ACACACCAAGAGGCAUCAGGAAUCCCCUGGGCUUUCGAUUAUGAUUUUCAUUACCGGGGACUGCGGGUUGACAGCCAGAGCCCUCUCUGCGAGCAACCCCUUUAGCGAGAAAUCCACGCGUGGGGGCCGCACCGUAAUCCCCACGGGGAGGAGGGAUUCCCGCUUCUCAGGAGCGGGUCCCCGCCGCGAAGCCCCUGUCCGUCUCCCCACAUCCCUUCGCCGCCGCGGUCCAGCGGCACCUGCGGCAUCCGCAGCAGCCGCUCUGCUGGGGGCCCGUCGCGGUCCCCACGGGUGCGAUACACUGCCCGGAACGUGUCGCUGCCCCGGUGCGGAGCCCUCCCGCGGGGCGGGGGCGGGGCGGGGGGAAGACGGCAUCCCGGUGCCGGCACAGGAGCGCGGAGGAGAAGGGAUCCUCUUUGACGUCAAGCGACCAUAAUAUAAUGAUCGCUCGUUCAUAUCCGGGUCCCCGGGCGGCUCCCCCGGCCGCCGGUCGGCCGUGCGCCGCCGCGCAGUGAGGCGGAGGCGGGCAGGGCAGGGCAGAACAGGGCAGGGCAGGGCAGGGCAGGGCGGUCGGCCGGAGGUGUCCGCCGGCGGCGGCGGCGGCGGCGGCGGCAGCGGCGGAGGAGCGGCGAGCGCAGCAUGCCCGCCGCCUCAGACGCGCCUGCCUCCUGCCGCCGCUGCCCAUGGAGAUCGCGCUGGUGACUCUGGAGAACGGCGGCACCACGGCCAUCGCGGGCAGCGAAGAUGCCACGGCCGGCGGCAGUGCCCGGGCUCGGCGGAGGGGCAACUUGCUGCACGUCGCCGGCUCCGCCGCUGCCGCUCCACGGCUGAACGACGGCAAGGAGGGUGCCCCGCCGCCGCCGCCGCCGCCGGAGGACGAGGAGCGGCCCCCGCUUGCCCCUCGGGGAGGCGGCGAGAGGCGCCGCAGCGGCAGCGCGUGCAGCCCCAACGAGCGGGCGGCAGAGCGCGGAGCGGCCCCUACGCUCCAACCGCCACCGCAGCCGCCGCCGCGCCGUGGUGCGGGGAUGGAAAUGGGCCCUUCGGAGGAAGGGGGGCACCGCCGGGGCAUGGCCAUGGCGGUGGCGGGCGAGGAGGAGGAGGAGGAGGCGGCGGCGGCGGCGGUGGCGAACCAGGGCGCCAUGCACCACCAACGGGUGCUGAUCAACAUCUCGGGGCUGCGCUUCGAGACCCAGCUCGGCACCCUCAAUCAGUUCCCCGACACGCUGCUGGGGGACCCGGAUAAGCGCAUGCGUUACUUCGACCCGCUCCGCAACGAGUACUUCUUCGACCGCAACCGGCCCAGCUUCGACGGGAUCCUCUACUUCUAUCAGUCCGGGGGCAAGCUCCGUCGGCCCGUCAAUGUCUCCAUCGAUGUCUUUGCCGAUGAGAUCCGCUUCUACCAGUUGGGUGAGGAGGCCAUGGAGCGCUUCCGGGAGGACGAGGGCUUCAUCAAAGAGGAGGAAAAGCCCCUGCCCCAUAAUGAGUUCCAGCGACAGGUCUGGCUCAUCUUUGAGUACCCUGAGAGCUCCAGCUCAGCCCGAGCCAUCGCCAUUGUCUCCGUGCUGGUCAUCCUCAUCUCCAUCAUCACCUUCUGCCUGGAGACCCUGCCAGAAUUCAGGGAUGAGAGAGAGAUGCCUGUGCCCCAGCCCACACAAAGUGGAGGUUUGAAUGGCACGACUGUGGAACCCCAACCCAUGCAGCCACCCAGUAGUCUCUCUGACCCCUUCUUCAUCAUUGAGACCACAUGUGUUAUCUGGUUCACCUUUGAGCUCCUUGUCCGCUUCUUCGCCUGCCCCAGCAAAUCUGAAUUCUCCCGCAACAUCAUGAACAUCAUCGACAUCGUGGCCAUCAUCCCCUACUUCAUCACCCUGGGAACUGAGCUGGCCCAGCAGCAUCAGCCUGGGACUGGCAGCAGCAAUGGGGGUGGGGGCCAGCAGCAAGCCAUGUCCCUGGCCAUCCUCAGAGUCAUCCGCCUGGUCAGAGUCUUCAGGAUCUUCAAGCUCUCCAGGCACUCCAAGGGGCUGCAGAUCUUGGGACAGACCUUGAAAGCCAGCAUGAGGGAGCUGGGCCUCCUCAUCUUUUUCCUUUUCAUCGGGGUGAUCCUAUUCUCCAGUGCUGUCUACUUUGCCGAAGCUGAUGACCCUGAGUCUCAUUUUUCCAGCAUCCCUGAUGCCUUCUGGUGGGCAGUGGUAACCAUGACCACUGUGGGAUAUGGGGACAUGCGACCUGUCACCGUGGGGGGCAAGAUUGUGGGUUCUUUGUGUGCCAUCGCGGGUGUGCUCACCAUCGCCCUGCCUGUCCCUGUCAUUGUGUCCAACUUCAAUUACUUCUACCACCGAGAGACUGAUCAUGAGCAAGCUGUUCUCAAAGAUGAACACAGUAGUGCUCAGGGCAGUACAGCUGGGGGAGAUGUGAAGAGGAGAGCCAGUAGAAACUCUCUGAACAAAUCUGUUGUGCACUUGGAAAACAGUGAGGGGUUCAACAAUGGCACCAGCUCCUUAGAGAAAACCAAUAUCAAAGCAAAAAGUAACGUAGAUCUCAGAAAAUCCCUCUAUGCUCUCUGUCUGGACACCAACAGGGAAACAGACCUGUAAGGAGAGGAGAGAGUUAGUUCAGAGAUGCAGAAGUAUUUGCUGGUGUCAGAAACUUACUACUAUAAUUAUUAUUUUGGUACCAGUUAGUUUUUUUAACUCAGGCUAUAUUUUGUAAAUUGAUCACUGUCCUGAGUAGUCCUCCAGGAAUAUUUAACAUGUUUUUAUGUUCUUUUUCCAUGACACAAAGGGUCACCUAUUUUUAAAAUAGACUAAGAACAAGCUAUGCUCCAUGAUGCAGGAGCUGGUAAAUUACAACAGUGCAAAAUCUAAUUUGUAGAAACUUAUUUUGGCAAAUGGCGGUCGGUUUUAAAUGGGUCAUUUGUAACCAAUUCAGUUGCUCCAUGUUUAGUAUUAAAGAGUUGGAGGAUGCGUGUGUGGAGAAUGAAUGGAUUGGGUGGGAGGGAGUUUGAGGUUUUUGUACUGUAGUUUCAAAUUGAAAUUGUUCCAGUAUAUUUUCUAUCUAUCUGUAUAACUGUAUUUAUGGUUGAAAGGGGAUUUCUUAUUCCUGUGAAAUGAAACAUCCGUAAAGCACUAGGAACAUCAGCAGAUCAGCACUUUCUGAGUUUUCCACUUGUGGUCUGUACAGAUUGGUUAGGUAGUAUGUGAAGUGAAUUUGGUGCUUUUAACCCUAGAGCAGAAAACUUCUGUUGUCAUUGAUAUGUUAGUUUCUUGUGAGCCUUAAAUUAUUAAAUACUGUAGAUACACUUCUUUAUAAAUAACUUUAUUAAUUA